AUGCGUUUAAUUAUUCGUGAAGAUUGUGAUGCAGUUUCUGAAUAUAUGGCAACAUAUAUCAAGAAUCGUAUAUUAGAAUUUAAUCCAACUCCCGAGAAACCUUUUGUUCUUGGUUUGCCAACUGGUUCUUCGCCAAUUGGUGUUUAUAAAAAUUUAGUAAAGUAUCAUAAAAAUGGUGAAUUAAGUUUUCAAAAUGUCGUUACUUUUAAUAUGGAUGAAUACGUUGGUUUGCCAAGAGAUCAUUCAGAAAGUUAUCAUUCUUUCAUGUGGCAUAAUCUUUUUAAGCAUGUAGAUAUAAAUCCGAAAAAUGUUCAUAUACUCAACGGUAAUGCCGAAGAUCUUGAAAAAGAAUGUGCUGAUUUUGAAGUCUCUAUUAAAGCUGCUGGUGGCAUAGAACUAUUCUUGGGAGCUUUUAAUGAACCUGGAUCUUCGUUGAACUCAAGGACUCGUGUAAAAACUUUAGCGUAUGAUACAAUUUUAGCAAAUUCAAGAUUUUUUGAAAAUGAUAUCAGCAAAGUACCUAGAAUGGCAUUAACUGUUGGGGCUUUAAUUGUUUGUGAUGAAGAUGCAACUCUUGAAUUGCAUGUAAAGACUGUAAAAUAUUUUAAGAGUAUUGAACACGUUAUUAAAAAUCUUAUUGGAGCUGAAAAUGUUGGUUUACAAGGUAACGUAAAGAAGUAUCCCACACCAGUAGUUACACCAACAAGAGAAGAAUUUUAUAAUUUGCCUUUUUGA